AGUAGGCGUUCUCGAACAUCGAGAAUGUCGAAGCCCCGCUACGUACUACAGGUUCACGUCGGUGGCUUCAGUCCCUUGUACGAAGCUCUGUCGAUCGAGGCUUCGAAGCAAACUUCGUCGUCGGAUAUUCUGCAGUGCAUCUCGAACAAGCUCGGUCUCACUGCCGCACAAUGGAACGACUUGGAACUGGCGGAGGUUGUGACCAAUGCUUCCGGACAAGAGUGCAAGGAACGAAGACUCUCUCCUGCAGAAUGCCCGGUCGCGCUCCAGUUGCUCUGGCCACAGGGUCCGAGCUCUUUCGAUGGACCGAGAUACAGAUUCGUGUUGAAAGAGAAAAUUGGUUCGAAUCGCCUGGUAAAUCUCUCCUGGAAGGCCACUGAACCCACCGACACCCAAUUGAUCAGGGACUAUUUCUUACGCUUCCUCUGUCAGCCCUCGGACAAGGAAUACGCGGAUCUCUGCCAACUUCCAGAUCUCACUGAGCAAACUCUGCUGGACAAUCUCAAAGCCAGAUUCCUGAAAGGUCAUAUCUACACGUAUGUCGGCUCCAUCUUAAUUGCGGUCAACCCUUUCAAAUACUACCCCGUGUAUAACCCGAAAUAUGUCGGCCUUUAUCAAAACCGACGCUUGGGAGAUCUGCCGCCACAUAUCUUCGCUAUCGCUGACGCAGCGUAUCAUACUAUGCUGCAAGAACGAAGGAACCAAUGCAUCGUGAUAUCGGGCGAAAGUGGCAGCGGAAAAACCGAGUCGACUAAUUUCCUGUUGCAUCAUCUCACUUCGCUCUCGCAAAAGGGUUCCUAUGGCCGGGGUGUCGAACAAACCAUUCUCUCCGCGGGACCUGUUCUUGAGGCUUUCGGAAACGCUAAAACGAAACACAAUGACAAUUCAUCGAGAUUCGGAAAAUUCAUCCAGGUCAACUAUCGGGAAAACGGAAGCGUUCAUGGAGCCGUCGUUCAAAAGUAUCUCUUGGAAAAGUCGAGGAUCGUCUCCCAGGGCGAGAAGGAGCGGAACUACCACAUUUUUUACUAUCUCCUCCUGGGUGCUUCAGCGGAAGACAAGCAAGAACUUCAUCUGUCAGAUCCCUCUCAGUACAAUUACUUGAGCGGAGGAAACGUCGGCGUAUCUAAUGUCGACGAACACUUCGAGUAUGCCCGCCUCAUGCAGAGCAUGGAAAUGGUCGGUUUCACGAAGGACAAAAUGAACAAAUCCACGCGCGUUCUCAGCGCUGUUUUACAACUGGGGAACAUCGAGUUCAGCAAACGAUCGGGCUAUCAUAGCGAUGAAUCGGUCGGCGUACUGAACAAAGACACCCUGGAAGUUAUAUCCAGACUACUCGGUGUUCGAGUCGAGACCCUCCACCAAGCAUUAGUGUCCAAGAGAGCUAAGGCGCCUGGGGACACCGUAGUCAUCAAUCAUCGACUGUCAGAAGCGAUCGCUGCCCGGGAUGCCAUUGCUAAAUGUCUUUACGGCGCACUCUUCGAUUGGAUUGUGAUGCAGGUCAAUUAUGCGCUCUUAUCGAAGAAAGACCUGGUGGAACAUCGGGGUUACUCGAUCGGAGUCCUGGAUAUCUUUGGUUUCGAAGAUUUCGGGAACCAUAAUACUUUCGAGCAGUUUUGUAUAAAUUGGGCAAAUGAGCACCUCCAGCACUACUUCAAUCAACACGUUUUCAAUUAUGAGCAAGAAGAGUAUCUGAAGGAAGGGAUACAAUGGAAAAACAUCGAAUUCGAGGACAAUAAGGAAUGUCUGGUGCUCAUUGAGAAUCGACCACAUGGACUCGUGUGUCUGCUCAACGAUCAGUGCAACUUUAGCGGAUCAACAAAUGCUCAGCUUCUGCAGAAGUUCAAAGAUUAUCACGGAUGCAAUACUUUCUACGACAAACCCCAGAAGAAGGAGAAUGCCUUCUUUAUCAAGCAUUACGCUGGUAAGGUCAAGUACCAGAUUCACGAUUUCAAAGAGAAGAACCUGGAUCAAAUGAAGCCCGAUGUAGUGGCUGUGCUCAAAUCGUCGCACAUAAGUUUCGUGCGAGAACUCGUAGGAGGCGAUCCUGUUGCGUGCUAUAGAUGGAGAGUCGUUCGCGCGUUUUUCAAGUCGUACGCUGUGUUUGCCGCCAUGCACAAAAAAUACAGUGCUCGGAGCAGAUCGGUUCGAUCCAUUUCUGAAAGGCAGGAUUCUCUGCUCUCUGACAACAACUUUUUCGAUAACUGGGGUUACGGAAGCCAGAAGGGACUCAAUGGACUUGAAUAUAUCCUGGGGGCUUCCGAAGCGAAAGUUCUGCAAAAAGCGAAUCAAAUCAUCCAGAAAAAUAAAACCUCCCGAACACGAACUCGGCACGUCAGAGGUGUAUAUACGCUGCAAAACAUCAAAAUGGCUCACGCCAAAACUCAGGGAGAUACUCAUGGACUCAAACCCAGUGUCAAACAAAAUUUCCGAAAAUGUCAUUCGACGGUCACGUCGCAAUUCGCGUCAAGUCUUUCGAAGCUGAUGGAUACGCUGAACCAAGCUAAUCCGUUCUUCGUUCGUUGCAUAAAGAGCAACGUCGGAAAGGUACCUUGCAUGUUCGACGAGGCGGUGAUCCUACAACAAUUGCGUUACACGGGCAUGCUGGAAACUGUACGAAUUCGUCAAUCGGGCUACUCUGUCCGGCUCGCCUUCGAAGAAUUCAUCCAGAGGUAUCGGAUAUUGCUACCAAACGGCCUCCUGAGUUCUCAGCAGGACAUUCAAAGCUUCUUAGUCAAAAUGCAGCUCGACACUACGAAAUAUCAAAUGGGCCGGAGCAAGGUGUUCCUGCGAGAGUCCGAGAAGUUGAGGCUCGACGAACAAUUGCACCAGCACAUACUGCGGCGCAUAGUUACCCUUCAGAAGUACAUCAGGACAUGGCUCUUGCGGAAGCACUUCCGACAGCUCAGAUCCUCAAUCGUGAUCUUCCAGGCUCACUGUCGAGGUUUUCUGCUCCGACGAGAAGCACAUAGAAUGCGUACUGAACGAAGAGCCGCCAUAGUCAUCCAGCAUGCCUGGCUAACUUAUCAGAGGAAUAAAGCGUAUUACGCGAUUGACAGGGUCAUUGUGCACUUCCAGGCGGCUUGUCGCGGUCACCUCGCUCGUCUGCGGUACCACAAAUGCGUGGCGGCGCAGAAGUUCCACUCAAUACUUUCCCAAGGAACCGCGAUUGAGCCGUCCAAAACCGCGGUGGUACUUCCUCAACGAAGACAUCCGCCUCUUAGGAGGAGCAAGACUAACGAUGAUCAAGGAUCAGAAGCUCCUGCGAGUCUGGAAGCUUCCGCAUCAGCGAGCCAUCGACAUCUCGAGCUGUCGGGAGCAUCGAUGCCGGAGAUUCGGCCACCUCGCACUGUGAAGAAAAAAGCCCCGCUACGACCGACUCUGAGCGAGAGCACUCUGAGGCAGCCAACUUCGCGUCAGAAUGCCUCAGCCAAGCGCGCAAACAUCCAUCUCCUUCAAAGGGUCAGAGUGCAACCGGGCCAAAUUUGUGCUUCCUGCAGCGGACCUGGCUACACUCACAUGGGGCAAUGCACAAGUUGCAAGAGACUCUUCCAUUCGGACUGUCCCGCCGGAUCCGUCGCUUGUACGUCAUUCUCUCAGAGCAUUCCCAAGAAGGAACGUCAAAAUCACAGUCCUCGGAGAACGCCCGCUCUGCGAGGGGAUCGUAUCUACCCUAUCCAGGGAUCACUACACCAAGAAAGGUUUAUGUCCCAACAAAAUGCUUCUACUCCGAUGUACAAUCUACCUCGAGAGACAGCCAGUCCCGCCAAGAGUUGGAAUCUCACGAGGACCACACAAUUCAAGGACCCUGGCGACAUCAUUAUCUCAGAUCCAGCAGUACUGAAGAGUCUGGAAGACUUCUUGCUGCGUAAACUCUGUACGCUGUCUGAGAACAAGUAUUCACAAAAGGAUUCAGAAGUCGACCGAGUUUUCGCCUUGGCUCUGAAGGAGUUCAAGUGCAAUCUCAUCUCAACCUACUGCACAGCUCCUCUAGAUACUCAGAAGCUCUGUCUACGAUACAAGGACCUCACGGAUCACUAUGCACAAGUUGUGGCUUCGGUGCUCAAAAACCAAACCGCGGAAACGAAGCACAAUUUCCCGACGACGAUGGCUGUCAAUGCCUUUAGAGGCUUCAUCGACGAAUUCCGGAAUAAUCAUUGUCGCGCACCUUCGGAGUCGAAAGAUUUGAAAGACAAGCCCGUUGACAAGAAGGUCAAGAAGAAAACUGCCAAAAAGCGCAAGGAUGUGAUCGAGCACCGAGAACAUCUGUUCCAUACUCAAUUAGUUCACAUUACGACGACAUGUGAAGUCUGCAACAAUCCGAUAAGGUUGAUGCUCGAGAAGGGACUGAUUUGCUCAGGCUGUAAACUGAUGUGCCACAAGAAAUGUUACUCACAAAUCGUCGCGUCGUGUAAGAAUAUGAUUUACCCUCAACGUCAUCAUUUCGGUGUGCCUCUAGACAUAUUGGUCAAGGAUUCCGAAGGUCCCGUGCCAGUCGUGGUGGACAUGCUUAUCAACCAGAUCGAGCUGCGUGGUCUCUACUGCGAGGGUCUUUAUCGAAAAGGCGGAAGGAAAGCGGAGAUCGAUCAAUUGAGAUUGAUCAUGGACGAAGAUCCCUACAGUGUGACCUUGGACAACUACAGCAUACAUGUCUUGACCUCAGUCCUGAAAGCCUUCUUUCGGGACCUUCCCGAACCGCUCAUGACCGCCGACCUAUAUUCGAAUUUCGUAUGGGCUGCUUCGAUCGCUGAUAGACAAGAGCGGCUCCAGGCGAUUUUCCACCAGUUGACGAAGUUGCCGAGAAGAAACUAUGACCUAUUCGGCCGCCUUAUGUUCCACUUGGCCCGUGUCGCUACACACGAGGAAUCGAAUCGAAUGAAAGCCGAGAAUCUGGCUAUCGUUUUUACACCGUGUAUUUUCCGCACCAAUAAGAAAGAAAAAGCUCAGGAUUCAUUGAACUCGAUAUCGAAGCAGACCGAAUGUAUAACACUGUUGAUCGAUGAUCAAUUCCAACGUCUCACGAACACGCUGGCCGAGAUCGAUACGCUUGAUACAGCGUGCCACACCGCAUCCACGAGGCUAUCUUCGUUGAGAUCGUCACGGAUGUUCCUCGCCGAGGAGAAAAACCGUACGGGCUCCGAAGAUCAAUACGAGGAAGUUAUUCUCACCAAUCAUAUCCAGAGUCUCCAGAAAGAAAAAGCCCUCCUCACCUCAGACCUGCCCAACCUCCAGCCAUCGCAAUCGCAGGGUUCUGACGACGACCAUCUAUCUACGACUGAUAUUGACGAUUCGGCUGCAGGAAGUCUUGACGAUUUCCACGAUGGCACCGCUCAGGGCGACUCAGCAACCGGAGGCGGAGGCAGUGACAAGAAUCAGGACGGGUCAGCGAGUUCGGCGAAAUGCUCAACGCGGAGUCGAGUAUCUACCCCGAUCAGACGAUUGACGCAGAGCUCCGAAGGCCAAGCUGUUUUCAACCAAGGAAGCACUGAUCAAACAAGUCCGGGAACAGAUGACUCCACGGUUCUCGUCUAGGCAACUUCUACACAAACAACGAAUUCCAAGACAAUGAAGUGCACGGGUGCAUGUGUUACCGAAAAGAAGCUCAAAUCCGACUGUGGAUACUGAACGCGGGCGGAAGUCUCGCGGACGAGUCCCCCUUACCCGGAUAUUCAUAUAUGCCAUGAAUCUUUAAUUUAUAUCGUAACUCCUGGAUGCCCAAUAAAGUCAUCUCCGGAAAGU